UUCAUGGACAUCAUUUUAUAGCGGAGGGACGGAAAGUUUUGCAAGUUUGAUUCGUGUGUUAGUUUGCAGAGGCUCUAUGGCUUCUUCUUCUGUGGAUGCCUUGAAGUAUGAUGUCUUUCUUAGUUUCCGGGGUGAGGACACCCGCAGUACUUUUACCAGUCACCUUCAUGCAGCUCUAAAGCAGAAGCAGAUCAAGACCUACAUAGAUUACGAACUUGUAAGAGGAGAGGAAAUUGCACCUGCCCUUAUCAAAGCAAUUAAGGGUUCAGAGCUUUCAGUGGUCAUUUUGUCACAAGACUAUGCUUCUUCAAAAUGGUGCUUGGACGAACUUGUGCAUAUUCUGGAAUGCAAGGAAAGCCAUGGGCAGAUUGUUAUACCCAUUUUCUACGGAGUAGAUUCAUCAGAUGUACGGCACCAGAGAGAGAGUUAUGCAGCUGCUUUUCUUCAUCAUGAAGAACGUUUCCAGGACACGCCGAACAGGGUGCUCAAGUGGAGGGAAGUUUUAACAAAAGCAUCCAACCUAGCUGGGUUUGAUUCACGCAAUUUUGGGCGUGAGUCUGAACUAAUUGAGGAAGUAAUCAGAGAUAUUUUGAUGAAGUUGAGUGAGGAGUGUUCAAGCGAUUUGGAGGGACUGGUUGGAAUGGAAAGUCGCAUCCAGAAACUUGAGUCAUUGCUAUGCAUUGUCCCAGAAGAUGUUCGGGUUCGCACUGUCGGUAUUUGGGGCAUGGGUGGUGUUGGCAAGACCACCCUUGCUGGCCUUGUAUUCAACCAACUCAAGUCUCAAUUCGAAGCUUCUCAUUUUCUUGCUGAUGUAAGAGAAGAAUCUGGCAAACAUGGAAUAAAGGCUUUGCGAAAUGAACUCAUUCGCAACUUAUUGAAGGAUGAAAGUCUAACGAUCGCCACUCCAUCAAUAGGAACAACUUUGAUCAAAAAGAGGCUCUCCCAGGCGAAGUUUCUCGUUGUGCUUGAUGAUGUUGAUAAUGUAAGCCAACUAGAAAUUUUAGUUGGUAUUCAGGUUCAAUUUGGACCAGGAAGUAGAAUCAUCAUUACAACUAGAGAUAAGCAUCAACUUAGAGAGAUGCAACGACUGCAGAAAGGAGCAGACCGUGAUGUUAUUAUGUACAAGGCGAAGGAACUAGAUCAUAAGGAAGCGCUUCAGCUCUUCCAAUCGAACUUUUUCGAAGAUAUCAGCGGCAGAUCUGAUUAUUCCGAAAUAAUACAUUCUGCUGCUGGAAUUCCCUUGGCCCUUAAAAUUUGGGGUUCCGUAUUUCGUCGACGCAAGACCACACAAGAACGGGAAAGUUUGCUGGAAAAAUUGAAAAAGUCUUCCGGAACAGAUCUUCAAAAGGUGUACAGGAUAAGUUAUGAUGCAUUAGGAGAACAUGAGAGGGAGAUUUUUCUCUAUAUCGCCUGUUUUUACAAAGGAGAGGAAGUACGCAGAGCAAAAGAACAAUUAAAUGCAUGUGGAUUAGAUGCAGAUAAUGGAAUCGACGUUCUCAUUGAUAUGUCUCUCGUUUCAAUUCGAUACGACAAACUGUGGAUGCAUGAUGUGAUACAAGAAAUGGGACGGGCAAUCGAGUGUGAACAACAUCCUGCGAAGCCUGGAAAACGUAAACACCUUUUUACCCCGGAAGACGUAUGUCAUGUGUUGAAAAAGAAUAAGGGGACUAAAAAUGUUCAAAGCAUAUCCCUUGACCUCUCCACGAUUACUCAGUUACAGUUGACUCCUCAAGCCUUCAAAAAGAUGCGUAAUCUAAAAUUUUUAAAGUUAGAUGGUGGAGAUUGGACGGGCAAUGUGCACUUUAAUCUUCAAGAUCUAAAAUAUCUUCCUGAUUCCCUUAUAUAUAUCAACUGGCCGACAUACAGUUUGAAGUAUUUACCAGCAACAUUUUCUGCUGAGAAUCUCACUGAGCUUUGUAUGCCUGGUAGCCGACUCAAGAGACUUUGGAAUGAAGGCCAGAAGCCUAGGAACUUAAAGCGGAUUGAUCUCAGUCGCUCCAGGGAGCUGGUUGAAGUUCCAGAUCUCUCUCUGUGUGUAAACAUUGAGAGGAUAGACCUGGAACGCUGUGAACGGCUGGUUGAAGUUCCUUCCUAUUUUCAAAAUCUGCACAAGCUUACUCGGUUAAAUGUGGAUCGUUGCAGAAAUUUACGUGUUCUCUCAGAUAUGCCAAGUAAUAUGGUUGAUUUGAAAUUAGGUAGGACUACAAUAGAAGAGUUGCCUUCAUCAAUAUGGUGUCUAGAAAAACUUGAUGAGUUACGUCCUUGUUGGUGCGAGGGCAUUAAGACUCUUCCAAACAGCAUUUGGAAGCUGUAUUCCGUCAGAGAUCUUACACUGACUGGGACAAGUAUACAAGAAUUGCCCUCAUCGAUCGAGUGUCUCUGCAAUUUAAAGACUCUUUCUCUGUCAGAUUGCAAAAGGUUCGUCAGUCUCCCAACCAGCAUAUGUAAGUUGAAGUCUCUCCUAGAACUGAGUCUUCGUGGAUGCUCUAGCUUCGAAAAGUUCCCAGAGAUCUUGGAGCCUAUGGAACUUCUGCGGAUUGUUAAAUUAGGAGGAACCAAAUUGAAAGAGCUGCCUUGUUUGAUUGAAAACGCAGUUGGGCGGAAGGAAUCGGAGUUACCUGGGUGUACAUGCUUUGAGUCUGUCCCAAACAGCACCUUGCCUCCGUACUCGUCGGUCAUUUUAUGGCCUUCGAUGAAUUGGCUAAUCCUCAGUGGCUGCAGAAUGCUAGAAGAAAUCCCUGAUUGCAUCUUCAGCCUCAACUGGUUAUUUACUUUAGAUCUGGGGGGAAGCAUGAUUAGGCGCAUACCUUCAACCAUCAAUCAAGCGUCUCGGCUGGAGGAAUUAAUUCUAAGAAAUUGCGAGCUCCUUGAGUCUUUACCCGAGCUCCCAUAUGAUCUGGAAUAUAUAGAUGCAAGUGGGUGCAAGAGAUUAAAGACAUUCUCUGGGUUCACGACUGCACUCACAGAAGAUUCGAAGCCAGUUAAUUGUAAUAGAAUAUUCCGUAACUUUUCUGAUUGCGGAAGUUUGGAUGAGAAUGCGAGGAGGCACAUAAUGGAUGAUGCACAUCUUCUUAGCACAUUUUAUUUGGUAUUAUGUAAGAGGGAUUACGAGGUUAGAUGUUCGGGAAGUGAAAUUCCAAAAUGGGUGAGGAAUCAAAUGGAGGGAAGUAGGAUAGAUAUCACGCUUCCUCCACAUUGGAUUAAAGAUGCCAACUUUCUGGGUUUUGCUUUAUCUGUUGUUAUUGACUUCCGUAAGGCGUCUCAUGCGGAAAUAUGUACAGGUGAAUACAUCUUCAAAAGCGAGGAUGGUGAAAGCUAUACAUGGGGCACAGGCACUUUUGAUGACAAAUGGUGUCGAGGAAAAUCGGAAAACAUGGUGGUGGUGUGGUUCGAAGCCCUUCAGAGGAUGUGGUUGGCUCCUUGUACCAAUGCCACUCGCGCCUCUUUCCAUUUCAAACUAACUGGAUACGACCAGGAGGAGUAUGAGGUGGAACGGUGUGGGGUGGGCUUUGUAUAUGCUCAAGGCCUAGACGAAAAUGCUGUAGAUUGGCAGAUCAUGGAUGAACAGCAUGGUGAAGCUACCGCCAGUGAGAAUUCAGAUUAAGAUACCUCGGAUUCAGUUACCCUCUUGAGGUCAUGUUUCAGAAACUGUCGUUAAAUUAGAGCCCCAACAGACUCCCAUGAAUUCAAUAGUUUUUGUUUUGGCUGGCCAGACAAACAAACUAUAUUUGCACCGGUUUGCUGGCAGUCUCAGAGACUCAA